AUGACUGAUGAAACUGAAGCAUUGAUAAGAGUUGACCACGUAAAGUACAGAAAAGCUGGAGACGGAAGGUCACCAAUUGGCCGUUUGGCUCUGUUCAGUGAUUACGUCGAAUGGAGAGAUAACGCAAGUCCAGAAGUUUUCACUUGUAAAUUUAUUCACAUUAAAGGUCAAAGAGUAUCUCCACCUCACAAAUCGAAAGUUCAGCUGCAGUUGAAUCUAGCAAAUGACGAACAAGCUACUUUUGUAUUUCUCAAUCCUGGAUCUUCAAAGGAGGAUUUACUGAAAGAACGAGAUGUUUUUAAAGUGAAACUACAGAAUGCUCUCACUCAGCAUCGUAAACGUGUUAAUGAGCUGGCUAAAUCAGUGGAAAGUAAAUCUAUGAACACGGAACUCGAAGCGAAGCAGAAAAUUUUAUGCGAAGAUCGUAAUCUGGAAAAGCUUUAUAAAAAUUUGGUAUACACGAAAACGAUAACUCCGCAAGACUUCUGGUCAGAUUACUAUCAGCAAGAAGGUGUUUCGGAAGACAAAAUUGGAAUUAAUGGGGCCUUUCUUGCAAAUAUUGUUCAACAGGAAGGAACAAAUGGCGUCAGGUUGAAUUUGAAUCAAGAAAUCAUUCAAGCGAUUUAUACAACAUAUCCAACAGUGCAAAAGAAAAACCUCGAAUUGGUUCCACAUGAAAUGUCAGAAGAAACGUUCUGGAAGAAAUUCUUUCAAUCUCAUUAUUUCCAUCGGGAAAGAGAAGUUCUUCCGAAUCCAAAAGAUCCAUUCGCAGAAUGUGUUCGUGACGAUGAUGAAGAAAUGACGAAGAUGUCUGCUGAGAAAGUUCAAAGAAAACGAUUCGAUUUGGAUCAUAUUGACGACAAUGGUUUGAGAGAUUUCGUUCAUAAAUCUGAAUCGUUGCCAAAGUCAACAAGGAAUACUCUCAUCAAGAGAUGCAACUAUUUAUCUGAAAAGAUUCUUGCGAGUUCAUGGAAAUCCGGAGAAGCAAGCACCUCUGCUGGAAAAGAAAAGAAAGGAUUUGGUGUUCUGGACAGACUUGUGGUUGAAACAGAGGGUCGACUGGAAUCUGAUGAUCUUGCUGAGAAAGAAAGUCAAGAAGAAGUUCAACUUGUUCGUAUCAAUUCAUCGGCUAAAGCAACACAAUCAGUUUAUUCCAAAAGAGAAAUGCAACAAUACAAAGGCAUCGUGGCUGACUAUUUCAGCAAUUGGUCUGUGGAGGGUAUCCUUCAUCGUAACGAGAUGUUGUUGGAUCAACAAGGGAUGGAAAUUUUCGAAACUGAAGAAGCUUUGAGAGAUGAACAAGAUGGUGCACCUCCACCGGAAAUAUGGUGUCAGACUGCUUCAGAACUCACAAAAAUGCGAGAUAUUCACAGUUCGGUACGAGAGCUCUGCAGACAUUUCUGGAAAUGUUUUCCUCCUGUGAGCACCGAAACAGAAGAGAAAUUAAUUCGCAUGGCAACAACUUUGAGUAAAUUCAAGGAUGAACAAUUGAGUAGAAAUAAGGAAAUCGAUCCGACAAAUCUUGAACAUUGCGUCCAAAUGAUUGAUCUCGCUCUUCAGAAGUUUGAAUCGUAUGAAAUGAAGAAACCUAAUUAA